UCUUUCCCGUCUUGUGCAAACGAAAAUGAGGGGCACCGCAGUCAUGGAUCCAAUAAGAUAAUGGUGCUUAACGUCGUGUCUUUGUUGUCCCAAUAAUCAAACACAAGAGAAGAUACCGAUGACUGCAGAACUUAGUUCUAGUACAUUAUGGAACACUGCUGUGACCUUUGGUGUCGUGUGUCUGCGACAAGGAAAGAUGCAGCGAGCCUGAAAGAUGGGUUUUUCUUAGAGCUGGGAUGUUGCCUUUAUCAUCAGUUGAAUCCAAAGACAUCUAGAACAUUAAUCCUUCUAACAUCCGCCGGUGCCUUCCGAUGACCUAGCAUAGGAGUCUAUCGAAUCCCUACUGCGCAGCAACUUUCUCUUAUUUAAGAACGCUCUAGGGUUACUGGUAUUACCUCACCUUCUUCACUUUUUGGGCUGUUCACUUUCUCGCCUCUAGGAGACUUGAUUUCGACGCCUCUGCGAUUUGACGAGAUGGUCGAAAAGCCGACUCCUGACACUGAUGGUGUCUUUUCCAAAACCAAACCUCAAGCGGAUGUCGUUGUGCAGCUGAAGCACCUAGCCCUGGAACCGCAAACGCAGCGCAAUGACGAAGUCCUCUCCAGCCCACUUCUGACGGUGCCCCUCAUCGAUAGAUCACCUCCCUCACAAUUCGGCCUCUUUGGCGCCAGCAUCUCGGGAGGUGUCACUUCAUUGGCAGCAACCCGCCUCUUCCACAACGUCGCAUGUCCCUCUAGUGUCUUCAUCUGCGGAAGCCAAGGGUCAGGGAAAAGCAACACACUAGCCUGCCUCCUUGAGAACUGCCUCAUUCCCAGCCAACUCGGACAGCUGCCCCAUCCCCUGACAGGGAUCGUAUUCCAUUACGACAGCUUCAUCUCUGACUCUGGCGGGUUACCAUGUGAGGCUGCGUUCAUAGCGUCCCAUGAGCAAGCUUCAGUCAGAGUCCUCUGUGCUCCCACGAAUGUCCGCACAAUUCGGAAAAUUUACAGCGGAAUACCAAAUGUCACGAUCAAGCCCUUGAAGCUGAGCGACGACGACCUCAACACUCGUCGCAUGAACGACCUGAUGGCCGUUGGGGAAGGCGGCUCUAUGCCGCUCUACCUCCACGUAGUCAACCGUAUCCUGCGAGAUAUGCGUAUGAAGCAACAAAGAACCGGCCUCGGUUUCAGCUAUGCCGAGUUCAGGAGGUGCCUGAGCCUCGAGGAUUUGACUCCAGGCCAGCUGAACCCUCUGAACCAGCGUCUUGACACCCUAGAGAGCUUCAUGGUGAAGGAAACCGCCGCUUUUGCGGAUGAACCCAUUGAUUGGCAGCCCAAAUCUGGACAGUUGACAGUCGUUGACCUGUCAUGCCCUUGCGUGACUGCAGAGCUAGCUUGCUCUCUCUUCAACAUCUGUUUGUCACUCUUCCUAGAGCAACAGUCCCCUAUCGGCCGUGUAGUUGCACUCGACGAAGCACACAAGUACAUGAAGGAGUCUGAGGACAGCCAGGCCUUGACAAACGCACUCCUCGAAACGAUCCGGCUCCAGCGUCAUCGGGGCGUUCGAGUGCUCAUCUCAACGCAAGAACCAACAGUUUCGACGAAACUUCUCGACCUCUGCUCAGUGACGGUGGUGCAUCGUUUCACCUCUCCCGACUGGCUACGCACUCUUGGCAAGCACCUGGCGGGAAUCUCAUCGAUGUCGGUUACGGUGACGGACGAAAAGGAUGAGAUUCAGGCAGUGAGUCCAGUUCCUAUCGGAGGCAAGGACCCGAUGAUGGAGAUAUUCAGCAUGAUUGUUUCGUUACAUACGGGACAAGCUUUGGUUUUUGCACCAAGUGCAGUACUUGCUCUGCACGAGAAGGGAGUGAAUGAGCCGGCUGUGCUGCAGCGACUGGCCCAUCGGGCGCUGCGAGUCAUGGUUCGCUCUCGACUAACCAGAGAUGGAGGAAGAACAGUGAUGGCAAUAGGAGACAGUACAACUUGAGGCUCGAGGGUUUCUAGUGUAGAUGUCCGUCUCCAUUGGACAUGAACACAA